AAUCUCAGUUCAGAUAGUGGUACCAAACUGCGGUGUUCGAGAGAAAACUAACAGAAGAAAUUGAAAAAAAGUUCUUCUUUUGUGGAAUAUAAAAAAUUAUUAAACUUUUAGUGGUGACAUUAGAUUUAAAAAUCACAUUGAAGCAGACAGUAGAAAAAUACGAACAUUUCGAAAUGAAAAAUUAAACAAUAAAUUCAAAUUGAAAAUUGUUUUUUGAUAAAAGGAAAAAUUACAAUUCGAAUAAACAGCCAGUGUUCGAGUGUACGUGUGUUUAGGACAAAAUUUUCCCGAUCCAAAGUUAUAUUAAAGACAAAAUCGGUGAAUGAUAUGAAAAAUUAUAAUUAUACGAGUAACUAACUAUCCGGGGACUUUGCUGAUUUAUUUGCUGAUUACAUAGGAGAGCUUUUUGUUUGUUUGGUUUUUUUUUGCUUUCAAAAAAAGGAGAGACCAUAGAAGACGAUCGAACCGCCAAAACCAACCGGACACCCGCUAAGUAAUAUGGUGCAAGUGAUGAACUCCCGGUGUUGACAUAAAAAUUCUCCAAAAUGGAGAAACACAGUGGACAUUAUCGAUUCGGUUUAAUGCCGCGGCCUAUACGACUACGCCAAUUAUUAUUAUGUACAAUAGGAAUGCUCGGUGUAUUCGACCAUAUACUGGUCGAAUGCCGGCAUCGUGAAUUAGAGAAUGCUCAAAUUCAAUUAAGUCAAAAACACAAUUCACAAUCAUCGUCGGUGCCAAAUGAUGAUGAUGCCUUUUUUACCCCAUAUCUUGGUCAUGGUGAAGCCGUCAGAGUAUUAGAUGCAGAGCUGGGCACAUUGGAAAUGGAACAAUUUAGGGAUACCAAAGCGUCGACACGCCGGAGAGGCGUCAGUAGAAGAGAAUCAUCGUCGCAUGAUCCGGACGACGACGAUCCGAUGAUAAUCACAACGGAUAAAGGUAAAAUUCGGGGCACGGUGCUGACAUCGGGCAGCGGACGAAAGGUCGAUGCAUGGCUUGGCAUACCAUAUGCGCAACCACCGAUCGGUGCAUUACGUUAUCGACUUCCACGGCCUGUCGAACGAUGGGCUGGCGUUCGAAAUGCAACAACACCCUCGAAUUCCUGUGUUCAAAUUGUGGAUGUUGUGUUUGGCGAUUUUCCGGGCGCCACAAUGUGGAAUCCCAAUACGCCACUAUCCGAAGAUUGUCUCUACAUAAAUGUGGUGGUUCCUAGGCCUAGACCGAAAAAUGCGCCUGUUAUGUUGUGGAUAUUUGGAGGUGGAUUUUAUUCGGGAACUGCAACGCUAGAUGUGUACGAUCACAAAACACUUGCUGCUGAAGAGAAUGUCAUUGUCGUGUCAAUGCAAUACAGAGUGGCGAGUCUUGGUUUCCUUUACCUGGGAACCCCAGAUGCACCAGGAAAUGCUGGUCUCUUUGAUCAAAAUUUAGCACUUAGAUGGGUACGAGACAACAUACAUAAAUUUGGUGGCGAUCCUAACCGAGUCACUUUGUUCGGUGAAAGUGCCGGCGCCGUAUCGGUGUCGAUGCACUUACUUUCAUCCCUAUCACGAGAUCUUUUUCAACGAGCCAUAUUAGAGAGUGGCUCACCAACAGCUCCCUGGGCUUUAAUAUCCAGAGAAGAGGCUAUUUUAAGAGCUCUACGUUUAGCAGAAGCUGUCGAUUGUCCACAUGAUCGUCACAAGCUAACCGAUACCGUUGAAUGUCUACGCACAAAGGACGCUAAAGAGUUGGUUGAUAACGAAUGGGGAACUUUAGGAAUCUGUGAGUUUCCCUUCGUACCGGUUGUGGAUGGGGCAUUUUUGGAUGAAACACCACAGAAAAGUCUUGCCCACGGCCGCUUCAAAAAGACCGAAAUCUUAACUGGCAGCAACACCGAAGAGGGUUACUAUUUUAUCAUUUAUUAUCUAACGGAACUGUUACGCAAAGAGGAGGGUGUGACGGUGUCUCGUGAAGAAUUUUACCAGGCUGUGAAAGAACUUAAUCCGUAUGUGAAUAAUCCAGCUAGACAGGCUAUUAUCUUCGAAUACACCGAUUGGAUCGAGCCAGAUAACGUACACAGCAAUCGAGAUGCACUCGAUAAAAUGGUGGGUGACCUGCAUUUCACAUGCAAUGUUAACGAAUUUGCUAAUAGAUAUGCCAAAGAAGGACUUAACGUUUACAUGUAUUUGUAUACACAUCGAACGAAAAGUAAUCCCUGGCCUCGAUGGACUGGCGUUAUGCAUGGCGAUGAAAUUAAUUACAUUUUCGGUGAGCCAUUAAAUCCCAAUCACAGUUACACUGAGGAGGAAAAGGACUUUAGUCGCAAAAUUAUGAGAUACUGGAGUAAUUUUGCUAAGUACGGAGAUCCGAAUGGUGCGACACCAGAUGUUCAAGUAUGGCCUAAACAUACUGCAACUGGAAAACAUUACUUGGAGUUGGGUAUAAAUACGACUCAUGUGGGACGAGGACCACGGCUUAGACAAUGUGCAUUUUGGAAAGAAUAUUUACCGCAAUUGAUACAAGCGACAUCGCAAACAUCAGCUAAUCCUACAAGCGAACCAUGUGCAAAUAGUGGCGCUUUAUAUGAACACAGUCUCCUAUUUCUAAUAAUAAGUUUUUUCAUUUGCAUAUUACGUUUCGAAAAUGUAAUUCAAUUUUAAAGCGAAUUUAAAUAAAUUAUUUUUGGUUCAUUUGAUUUUAAUUUUUAACAGAAAAAUAUAUUUAGUGAAAAAAAAAGAAAAUUUGAUAUAGAGAGGGGCGUUUCAACUAUACAUUGGCUAUGCUUUAUUAAAGUAAACACAAAAAGAAAAAUUAAAAUUAAGAAUAAAACAAUUUAACCAAUUCCUUUUCAAUAUAAAUAGACAAUUUUUUCGAGGAAUUGUUUGCCAAAUAAAAGAGAAGAAAAAUAUUAAGUGAAAACUUAAGUUAAAUGAAUCGGAAUAUUCUGAAUUAAAAAACGAAAACUUAAAUUAAAGAAGAAGAAAAUGAAAAGUACAUGUCAUUGUACCCCCCACCAUUUAGUGCUGUCUAAGGGUAACAAUCUCGAGCUGAAAGAAACAUUUUUUUGAAAGUCUAAAGGAUAGCUCAAACGAAGCAUUGAAAACGUGUUUUGGUCCUAGUUUUCAUUGACAGAUGGAGCAAUCGCAAUUUUUGAUAGGGAAAUUUCUAACAGUUUAUCUAACAGUUGCGACAAUUUCGUCAUGAAAACAAGGACCAAAACACGUGUUCAAUGCGUCGUUUGUUUUCAGCCUAAAAUAUGUCGUUUAAGCAGUUACUCCAAAACGGAUUCAAAACAUUUUUCGAAUUAGGCCCAUAACUUAUUGUUCAUUUGUCCAUGAGUUUUGUGCUGUCAACAUGUGCUGAGAUUUUCCUUCAAACACGUGGUUUUGGGAGCUUUGACACCAAAAAUUAAAGUCAUGUUACCGUUAAGGGUAGUCUACGGUAAAAUGCUAAUUUAGUGCUGGAAAAUGAGACAAGUCUCGAUUUUAGCGGUGUCAUAUUGUACAAGUCAAUAUUUCCACAAAAUAUAUCAAUAUUUCAUGUGACAGCAUCACAGCUUCUUGCGACCGAUUUCAUUUGCCAACACGGAAUACGCUUAGUCUAGUUACACAUUAGCGACUCGAAAGAGACCUAAUUAAAAAUUGUCUUGUGUUCUAAUGUCAAGUUUGACAGUUAACAAUAGGAAAAUUUGAAUUAGGUCUCUUUCGCGUCGAUAAGUGUAGCUACAGUUUCUAUCAAAAACACUUGAUGUGCUGCCAAAACUCCUAAAACGACAAAGGAAAAACAAUAUUCCAGAUCAUACGGCAACUCAAGCCUCGUGGUUGCAUUCAUUCGACGACAGUACAUGUCAUGUACUACAUGAGUAUUGAAUUAUAGGCCUAACUCGAAAAAUAUGUUACGAAUCAGUUUCGUUCUAAAACUAAAAUUCAAAAGGCAUAUUCCAUUCUUUCGAAUACAUUUUUCGAGAAUGUUACCCAUAGACAGCACAAAAUCGUCUGGUGCAUCGUCAAGUAACCUGAAAAAAAAUAAUGAAAAAGUAAAACGAAAAAUUUGUGCACAAACCUUGAUUAUAGACCAAAGAAAAAAAAAAUAAUUUUAAAAAAUUUAUGAAAAAAAAUGUUCACCCAAGUGCAAAAUGACCAACAAAUCAAUUUUAAAAAGGGUCAUUUGCGUUGUCGUUUAUUUAGGUCAGACAAUAGUGAGAAAAAAAUGAUAAAAAAAAUUUAAAAAAAUAUUUUAUUGACUGAAUGCGACUAAAUUGUUCAUUAAAACACAUAUCAUUUAAGCUUAGUAUAUAUGACCAUUUUACGAAUAAUAAAACAAUUAAAAAA